AUGGCCGAGCGUUUCCCUGGAGACGAGGCGGUGGCCAACGGCUUCGGUCGCCGUUCGCUCCGUGAACAGGAAUCCUGGCUCCUGUUCCAGGCGAACAUCCCGGCGCCGUCGGACAUGCGCGUCGGGCCGACGGGCUGGAGGCUCAGCAAUGGGGGGGUGCCCAUUCCCCCAUUGCCUGACGCUGUCGCCAAGCCAUCCUACUUCGCCGACAAGGUCGAGAUCGCGCGCGCCUCCCUCACCGACGCCGAGCUCUCCCUACCCCAGUACGCCGCCGACAACCACGCGGCUGGGGCGGCAUACUUCGAGCGCCUUUUGUUUGGUUCGUUUUGUGUGCUGUACGUAAUAGGUUGCUAUUCCACAUGCAAGAAUGUCACCCUCGAGAAUGGCAAAUGCUCUGGCGCUGGCUGUUGUCAAGCCGAUGUCCCAAAGGGAAUACAGUAUUAUCGUGGCUAUUUCAACGAAAACUACAACACUGCUCAAAUAUGGAAAGACUACCCUUGCAACUACAUGAUAGUGAUGGAAAAGGCAGCUUUCAGUUUCAACACCAGCUAUGUCAAACCCAAAGUAUUCUAUGAGACAUACAAGGAGGGAGUUCCUCUUGUCGCGAACUGGGUAAUAAGACCAUGGACUUGCAAGGCAGCUAAAAAGAACAUGAGUACCUAUGCGUGCAUCAGCAGCCAUAGUGCGUGUGUUGAUUCCACCACCAACAAUCCAGGUUACCAUUGCAAGUGCUCCAAUGAGUACAAAGGCAACCCUUACAUCACGGCUGGAUGCCAAGAUAUUGACGAGUGCCGUGAAAAAGCUAAUCCUUGUGGCCGAGGGAUCUGCAAGAAUACGCAGGGGAAAUACAGUUGCUCAUGCCACCCUGGGAACUAUAUGGCAAAUGGUGUCUGCGUACCAAUUCCAAAGUCUCCCCAUUUUCCUGCGGUGCCAGUUGUAGGUGCAAGUGUUGGACUUGUCAUCAUUGUGAUUUUUGUUGCCUUUGCAUGCUUCAUCCAAGAGAGACGGAAGCUACAGAACAUGAAACAGAACUACUUCCGGCAGCACGGCGGCCUUAUACUAUUUGAAGAGAUGAAGGAGAAGCAAGGCGUUACAUUCAAAAUCUUCUCAGAGGAAGAACUGCAGCAAGCCACGAACAAGUUCAGCGAACAACAAGUCUUAGGUCAUGGGGGGCACGGGACCGUGUACAAGGGACUUUUCAAGGACAACUUGGAGGUGGCGGUCAAGAGAUGCAUGACCAUCAACGAGCAACACAAGAAAGAGUUCGGUAAGGAGAUGCUAAUCCUAUCCCAAAUCAACCACAAAAACAUUGUGAAGCUUCUGGGAUGCUGCCUCGAAGUGGAAGUCCCCAUGUUGGUUUAUGAGUUCGUCCCAAACAGCACUCUCUUCCAUCUCAUCCACGGCAACCAUGGCCGACGUAUCCCCUUAGCCACUCGCUUGGGGAUCGCUCAUGAGUCUGCGGACGCGCUCUCCUACCUUCACUCAUCCACUUCGACACCAAUCCUUCAUGGUGAUGUCAAGUCCUCCAAUAUCCUCCUUGAUGGCGACUACAAGGCUAAAGUCUCCGACUUCAGUGCCUCUAUCCUGGCACCAACCGAUGAGUCACAAUUUGUAACACUUGUACAAGGGACGUGCGGGUACCUUGACCCGGAGUACAUGCAAACAUGCCAGUUGACAGACAAGAGUGACGUGUACAGCUUUGGUGUCGUUCUUCUGGAGCUGCUCACGGGGAAGAAGCCCUUUAGUCCUGAUGCCUCUGACCAAGAGAAGAGCCUAUCAAUGAUGUUUAUGUCUGCAGUGAAGGAGAAUAAGCUUCAGGAGAUCUUGGAUGAUGGGAUCAAGCAAGACAACAUGGAGGUUCUUGAAGAGAUCGCGGAGCUAGCGAAGCAAUGCUUGGAGAUGUGCGGUAGGAAUAGGCCAUCGAUGAAGGAAGUUGCAGAGAAGCUUGAUAGGUUGAGGAAGGUGAUGCAACAUCCCUGGGUGCAACUGCAGCAAAACCCUGAAGAGAACGAAAGUUUACUUGGGCAGCGAUCGGCAAUGGUCAACUCGACGGUUGUUAGUGCUGAAUAUUUUAGCAUCAAGAAGGAAGCAGUGACGAGUCUGGGAUCUGGCUGA